AUGCUGCGCGAGAUACACGGCGACUUGCAGCGCAAAUGGAGAGUUCAUGGCUCCAAAGUCGAAACCGCCUGGCGAUCAUUCAACAAAGCGCAGCGAGCGAGAUGCAUCAAGGCUACGGAACUCAAGGGACAACCCUUGAAGCAUUCUCGGGAUCCCUUGCUAGGCAACCUCAGUAAGUUUAUACCAGAGUGGAAUAUUGAUGAUAUUACAGACCCCGACUCGAACUUGUUCCUCGAUAUUCUCAAGCACCGCGCUUCGACAUCCAUGUCAGUGCAGGUCCGCAGUGGUCACAACGGAACCGCUGGAGAUCUCGAUAUCAUCGAUGAGAUGACGCGGUCCCGAGACUUGAGCCUUGUAGAUGAGUGCACGAACUGCUUUACAGUCUUACAUGAGUGGCAGUAUGGAUCCCGUUUCCUUAUACCUCCAGUCUACAACGAUAUGGUAGUCCUUCCCGAGUUAAAGUCUGCCAUUCAACUACGAUACAUCACUCCAGAGUCUCUAGGACAGCUCAUUCUUAAGCGGCAACUUCAUCUGUUGCAGGUUCUUAACAUCAUGAUUGUGGAAAUUCUGCACCAAGGCUCCAGAACCAGAGAUCGGAGCCUACCGGCCAAGAAUUCCAAGCCGCCGACCGCUCCUCUAUCCGAUUCUGCCGCCAAGCAAGCGACCGUCAAGCUCAAUCCCAAGGAGCUUUUCGUCGUUGCUUCCGACCAGGAAUCAUCCCUUGAAGAAUAUCUGUCGCUUCUUUGCACAGAGCCCACAGUUCUUUGUGCCGACGUCAAAGUGCAGUUCUUCAGCCGUCCCGAGCUCGUGCCGGACGAGAAGGGCCGAUCGCUACCAGUCCAUACAGACAAGUACGUUGGGCCUGCUGUCUUCGACACAAUCCAUCACGCAGUCCAAGGAAUCGCUAUCUGGGAAUCCAUCACUGAUCUGCUUAACCUACUGGAGCAACCAUCCACCGAUAAGCUGUACAAGUCGACGAUCCUCCAAGAGCUCUCCAACAUGUGCCAUUUCGAGUACACCCGCACUCAAGCACUGUUCAAGCGACAAGUGUCGACAGGAACUGGAUCGAAGUGGUUCAGAAGACUGUCUAAAGUGUUCGGUCAUUCAGGCAAUGUCAAAGUCUCGAUGAAAGGCAAACCGGAGGAGCUCACGCGCUCUGAUCCUCAGCUCCAUUACUUAUUGCGACUAUGCCAGCCAGAAACGACCGUCACGAAAGCUGUGGACUGGAUGCAAAAGCUUAGUGGCCUCUACAAAGCGCACCCCUUGGAACGAGAAAGGCUUCAGGAGAGGGAGUCUCGUACGCUGUACAAUAUGGCUGCCAUCAUCGCAUUCGUCCAGGAUCUUUCUGCUGUGUAUGUGCUUCCCUCUCCGUCGCGCAAGAAGGGUACUGUACUAGUUUCUGCCCUGCAGGAAGUUGGCGCCGAUCUUGAUCUGAUAAAGAGGGAAGUUGAUCUUUGCGACUAUGCUGCACCUAUUGACAACUUGCUUGAACCUGGCGUAUCCCCCAAGACACUGGAGGCGCUCAAUACGUUCGUCAAGGGUAGAACAAGCACGACGAUGAGAUCUUUGUACCAUGAUGAACUGAACAAGACAUUCCGGGAUAUCGAAAAACAGUACCAGCAGGUCAAGCAAAAGUCGAAGAAAGAUACCGAAGCGGAAUUUGUACCCAUUGACACUACUACCCUGGACGUCAAGAAUCGAAUCACGACUCUAAAACAAAAGGCAAAGACACGCCCAGAACAUUCCUCCGUCUACGCGAAUACCCCAAUCACAGUCUCGCUUGAUGAAAAGGAACCUGUAAAGGCAGCCCAGCCAGUAAAGGUCAGCCCAUCAACAGCCGAGGUCUUUGCGACUCUCUUCGACAAAACUCAAUCACGCGGAUCCGUCAGUUGGUCUUCCUUCGAGGCGGCCAUGUAUGAGCUGGGUUUUUCGGUGUUGCCCCGAUUUGGAUCUGUGUACACGUUCAGACCCUCUGAGGAUAUGGAUAUCAAGCGGCCUUUUAGCAUUCACCGACCUCAUCAGUCGCAAAUCGAGGGAUAUUUGAUUCUGAUUUUGGCGAGACGUCUGAAUCGGGCUUAUGGAUGGAGCGAAGAUUCGUUUGUCACAGAGUAA